CGUCCUUUCGUAUUUGAGCUGCAUUUUCCCUUGCUGUCGCAUACGAUGGGCGACCGACCACCGGUGGACGUGCGUGUCGAGGGCAGCUUUCGCGCCUACUACCAACGCAACAACAAGCAAGGCGGGCACAAGAACCUGCGCUGCUUUCCCAGCUGCAGCAACGGUGUGCACACGCCAUCGGGCUUUUGCGGCAGCCCCGUCAUCGUGCACGUUGCGACGACGACGACGCGCCACGAUGUGCUUGUCUGCGCCGAGUUUUGUCCGCUCGACAGUAGCACGCUCGUGCCCAACGGUCUCUCGCGCCUCCGCGAUAUAAAGACCACCGAGCAGCUCACUCGCCUCGCCUCCAAGAACGCCGCCAGUGCCCAUGCGCCGUGGUAUGUGGCCGACAUGGUAUCGCCUGGCGCAUACAGCCUCAAUAGCCGCAAGCGCGGGUGGCACUAUGGCUGGACAAGCAACCGGCACAUGGCUGACACCAGCCACGUGCUCAGCGUCUAUGUCUUUGAGCGCAACAAGGCGACGCGCGACUGCUGCUUCUGGACGUGCGUCGGCGUCGGGUGGAGCCCUCCGUUUCAACUCUACUGUCGUCGGCGAGCCAAAGCGCGUAUGGAGGUGCUCGCACUGCGCAGCCUCCGUGUGGACAAGCGCGGCGACGACGACAAUAGCAAGGCGCCAUUGCGUACGCGCAAGCGGCACCGCUCCAGUCCAUUGAGCGUACCCGCCGUCGGAUCCAUAGCAAGCGACCAAACGUCUGAAGCCAUGGCCGUUGAUCUGGAGGCACUGCUAAGUGAGAGCGACUUGGACCCCUCGUAAACAAGAGUUGACAGAGGGCUCGCGUAGAAACCUUGUUCGGUAUUUACUGGCGUCGCCCUUUCGGACCUCGACACGAUUGUGUGGAUCUUGUGUCUUGAGGUGAGAGCUUGCCUUCACUACCUGCGGAAGUGGUUCUCGUUUACUGCGGAAACAAGCAGUCGGCCGACAGCUUUUUGGAUACAUGUACUCGAGUUGAACUUGAGUAGUCGACCC